AUGUGUACUUACACUGGUGGUGUAGAUGAUUCACUGCGCCAUAGCUCUGUACCAUUAACCGAUGAAGUAAUAAAUGAAAUGGUUAAGUCUCUUCUGAAUGAAGAUCUGGAAGAUUGUGUUAAAGCUAAGUCUGAUUUUUGGAAAGUGCAGUAUGAUCAUGAAGCUGCUAAAAAGGCCAGGGCUGCCAAGAAAGCCGCCAGCAAAGCCGCCAGGAAAGCCGCCAAGACGACCAUUAAGAAGAAAAAGAAGAAACCAAGCGCCUUUGAAUUGCUUGAACUGGAUGACACCUCCAACUACCUCCGAGAUGACACGGGAGCCAGCCAAGCCGCUGAAGAAGAGGAACUUGCCCGUUCUUCCUCUGGCGACUCGUCACAAACUGAGCUACCGGCUUUUAAGACUGCUUCUGGUGGACAAGCAAAGCCUAACAAAAAGGCAAAGGUGACCAAGCCAACUGAGGCACCUGAAGUUGCUGAGCCGGAACAACAAAUCUCUGCACCUGAAGCUUCUGACAAGCAGCCAGACGAACCUGUCACUGAUGCUCCUCCUGAGAUUCCAGAUCUCUGUAUUGAUGACCCUACUGCUGCUACUGCUGAACUGGAGUCUCAAUUGAAUGAUGCUAAUACUCAGCUGCUGAAGACCAGGUUUGAGGCGGAGAAGAAGACUUGGGCAGAAGAAAAGACUACUUUAACACAGCAUGGUGAGAAAGCUGAGGCGGCUCUUCAAGAGGUGACCGCUGAGCUCACCGGUUUAAAACACCGUGUAUCUCAGAUGGUUUCCGCUAUCUUUGGUCCCAGGAGCAGUAACCUUAACCAGGAUAUGCUUGUGAAGCCCAAGGCUGUCUAUACACUUGUUGAACAAUUGUACACUGGAGCCCAAUGUGCAUUGACCGCAAUCUCCCCAACAAACCAAGCGCCUACUCUGUUGAUAGAUGUGUUGAAAAAGCUUUCAGUAUUACCUGCCAGGUUUGAGGAAGUGAAGCGAUCAUCUGCAAGAGCCGGCGCUGUGACGGCUUUAAGCCGGGCCAAGGCGUGGGUACCAGAGCUUGACCCGUCUGAGGUAGCCACCGGGUACCCAAGCUUUAAGGGAGAUGGUACUCCGUUUGACCAGAAGGACUUCGCAGCUUGUGUAAAGGAAAUAUGUCCAAUGGCCACUUUGAAUGCCAACGAUUCAGAUCUUUCAAAGUACCAUCCGACUUACAAUAAGGAAAAUCAGAAGAUGCCAACUCCGGCUUAUAAAGUGAUGGACUUAAUUCCCCCAAUCCGUAAGCACACUUUUGCCCCUGAAAUUGAGCCGUCUGAUCUUAUAGAUCAAGAAGCUGAAUUUCAAGCUUUAUCUGGCAUCGAUUGGUCAUCACCAAAUUUUCAAACGGCAGAAGAGGAUGAAGGACCGGCGAAGGAUGACGCUGAAACCUCCAAUCAGCAAGCCCAAGAAGAUUGA